GGGUAUAUAAACACAGAGCAAGACAGCUGCCUUCACUGACACAUCUUCCUACCGAGCCCUGGACAUUGGAGAAGAAAGAUAAACUAUGCGUGAGUGUAUCUCGAUUCACGUUGGCCAAGCUGGGGCUCAGAUUGGCAAUGCAUGCUGGGAGCUGUAUUGCCUGGAGCAUGGCAUCCAGCCAGAUGGACAGAGGCCCUCUGACAAGGCUAUGGGAGGAGAUGACUCCUUUAACACUUUUUUCAGUGAGACAGGAGCUGGAAAACAUGUUCCCAGAGCAAUCUUUGUUGACCUGGAACCUACUGUCAUCGAUGAGGUGCGCACAGGAACCUACCGUCAGCUCUUCCACCCUGAGCAGCUGAUUACAGGAAAGGAGGAUGCUGCCAAUAACUACGCCCGUGGACACUACACUGUCGGAAAGGAAAUUAUUGAUCUGGUGCUGGACAGGACUCGUAAACUGGCUGAUCAGUGCACUGGCCUGCAGGGAUUCCUCAUCUUUCACAGCUUUGGUGGAGGCACUGGCUCGGGUUUCACCUCCUUGCUGAUGGAAAGACUCUCUGUUGAUUAUGGGAAGAAAUCAAAGCUUGAAUUUGCCAUCUACCCAGCCCCUCAGGUUUCUACUGCAGUUGUUGAGCCCUACAACUCGAUCCUCACCACCCACACCACCCUGGAGCACUCAGACUGUGCCUUCAUGGUGGACAAUGAGGCCAUCUACGACAUCUGCCGCAGAAACCUGGAUAUCGAGAGGCCAACCUACACUAACCUGAACAGGCUCAUCAGCCAGAUUGUGUCUUCAAUCACUGCUUCUCUUCGUUUUGAUGGAGCCCUGAAUGUUGACCUGACAGAAUUCCAGACCAAUUUGGUGCCCUACCCUCGUAUCCACUUCCCUCUGGCCACCUAUGCCCCAGUCAUCUCCGCUGAGAAGGCCUACCAUGAGCAGCUGUCGGUUGCUGACAUCACCAACACCUGCUUUGAGCCAGCCAAUCAGAUGGUGAAGUGUGAUCCUCGUCAUGGUAAAUACAUGGCCUGCUGUCUUCUGUAUCGUGGUGAUGUCGUCCCCAAAGAUGUUAACUCCGCCAUCGCAGCCAUCAAGACCAAGCGUACCAUCCAGUUUGUGGACUGGUGCCCCACUGGCUUCAAGGUUGGCAUCAACUAUCAGCCUCCAACUGUGGUUCCUGGUGGGGACCUGGCCAAGGUGCAGAGGGCCGUGUGCAUGCUGAGCAACACCACAGCAAUCGCUGAGGCCUGGGCCCGUCUCGACCACAAGUUUGACCUCAUGUAUGCCAAGAGGGCCUUUGUUCACUGGUAUGUUGGGGAAGGCAUGGAAGAGGGAGAGUUUGCGGAGGCCAGAGAAGAUAUGGCUGCUCUAGAGAAGGAUUAUGAGGAGGUGGGUGCAGAUAUGACAGAGGGGGAUGAAGGAGAAGAAUAUUAAUUUUACUGAGGCUUGAACUUAAUAGAUUUUGUGGUUGAGACAUCAUAACAAUCCCAUCUAAAAUGUUAGCUAACAAUUUAAUAUUAGAGAAGAGUUGCAAGGAUUAGGACUGCAUUUAGGAGCCCAAUCAUCAAGUACUGUGCAGACAGUGCAUAUGAAAACUGUAGUUGGACAUCUGUUAUAGUGGGCUUUAUAUUUUCAUCCAGUAGUAUCAGGGUGUGAAGCUGACCAAAUCCUCCCCUUUGUGCACCUCCCCCACUGUCCUUUACCAUUUGUAAUGUAAGCUAUGAAAGAGCUCCUAUGUCAAUUUCUAUACGCCAUUCAGCUGCAA